AGAGCACGUAGGUUUCAAAUAUGUGAUAGCGCGAAGGAUAUGGAUAACGAAGCCGAUAUGAAAGUUGUAAAUCCAGUAUUGCUAACAGGCCUACUAACAUGGGCAUGUUUUGCUUUGCCCAUGCCAAAAGGGCAGGAAGAAAGAGAAGACUACUUUGUAUGCGACACUCCCGUGUGCCUCCAACGAGCCAAGAUGAUCAACGAAUCGCUCAACACAUCGGUUGAUCCAUGCGAAGAUUUUUACUCGUACGCUUGCGGCGGAUGGAUGGAAAAUCACCCGAUACCAGCUGAAAAGUCAGCGCUGGACAGUUUCAGCAUACUCAACGACGAACUGAGGGAUACACUUCGAGAUCUAUUAGAAAACAUCACCCUCGUAGACGAGAACCAAACUAUUGUAGACAAGCUUGGACUUUUCUACAAUUCUUGCGUAGCUGCACCCGAGCUUCCUGACCGACGUGACGUCAUGUUCGAAAUAAUGAACGCUUCCGGAAUGCCUGACUGGCCUAAAACUGGAAAGGAAGCGAAUUUCAGCGAGGAAGCACAAGAUGUGACGGAAUCAUCAAACAUCACGGAAUCUACAAACACAACGGAACCGAGAAACAUCACCAGCGUCAUCAUCAAGACUGGAAUGUCCUCCAUCCUGAGCAUCGGGGUCGCAAGAGAUACCCGCCUGCUUGAUGGUUACGUCAUUCAGCUUGACCAGUUAGGUUUUUCCUGGGUAGGCAGAAAACAGCUCAUCAAUCAAAACACCACUUACAGCAGACCAAUUAUCGCCGCUUACAAGAACGUCAUUCAAGUGGCCAUGAAGUUCAUGAAGCCUAACCUCAGCGACGAGGAGGUCAGCGAUCUCACCGAAAAACUCGUCGCUUACGAAGGACAGCUAGCCAAUCUGACAGCGCCUCCUGAAGAACGGAGGGACCUCCUUAAACUUUAUCGUCGAACCACCAUGGAAGAAUUGCAGAAUAAUUUCACUAACAUACCCAUACGCACGUUGCUGAUUAAUGUGUUUAAGGAAGUAAACACUACGCUAGCUGAUAACGAGACCAUCGAAAUGUAUGCUCUGGAUUACUACACGAAAUUAAACAGGUUUCUGGAAACCGUUGACCCGGACAUGCUGUAUAACUACGCUGGGAUGAGAAUCAUGCUCUCAUGGGUGGGCGCAGCUUCUGCAGAUUUCCGAAACGCCAGCUUCGAGCUAUCGAAAAUCCAAAGUGGAGUUAGCGUUCAAAAGCCAAGAUGGGAACGGUGCAUCAACUCUGUGAAGGGUAGCAUGCCGUCGGUUAUCGGCCACCUCUACGUGAAGAACAAAUUCAGCGAAGAGGCCAAGAAAGAGGUCGAGGACCUCGCCCGAAGGCUCAUGUCAGUCUUUAAUGAAACGUUACAAACGAUUAAAUGGAUGGACAAUGCUACGAGAGAUACCGCAGAGGAAAAGUUGAGAAAAAUGGAAGCGAAAAUUGGAUAUUCAGACAAAAUAAUUAACAUGACAUAUCUUGAAGACCUUUACCGAUUCGUGCCGCGACUACCUCUCAACACUUCUUAUUUGGAAGCAGUCUUCGUGGUGUCCGUAAACAGCGGGAAAAAUAGUUUGCUGAAACUACGAGAGAAAUACGACAAGUCCACAUGGAUUGUAGGUCCUGCAGUCAUCAACGCCUUCUACAGCCCAAGUUCAAAUCAAAUGGUGUACCCUUCGGCAAUACUUCAAGGCGUCUUCUACGAACACGGACUUCCACGCUCACUGAAUUUUGGAGCCAUUGGUAUGGUGGUCGGUCAUGAAAUGACUCACGGCUUCGACGACACAGGAAGCCAGUUCGAUGCGGACGGCGCCUUGAAACAAUGGUGGUCAAAUGAUACACGGGCCGAGUUCAAAAAAAGAGCGAAGUGUUUCCAGGAGCAAUACGGCAACAUCACCGACCAAAAAGCAAACAUGACGCUCAACGCCAUAAACACCCUGGGCGAAAACAUUGCUGAUAACGGUGGCCUCCGACUGGUAUUCGAGGCGUAUAGCAAACUUCUCAAAGACGAAUGCAAAACUGACACUCGCUUGAAAGGCCUCGAAAAGUUCUCCGGAAAGCAGCUGUUCUUCAUCGCGAAUGGAAUGGCAUGGUGCAGCGCUGCCCGUCCUGAGUACCUCAAGCUCCUGAUUCAGUAUGAUCCACACAGCCCAAGUCAAUACAGAGUCAACAUUCCAAUGUCGAACAUGCCUGCCUUCUCUGAAACGUUCAAAUGCCGACCGAAUUCAACAAUGAACUUGAAGAACAAGUGCAGGUUGUGGUGAGGCAAAGAAGUGAAGGCCUGAAGCUACAGCGCAGCAGGCAAGCAACCUUUCGCUGUUUAUAACAGAAAAAAAAAGACGGCUGACUAUUUACUGCAGAUGAAUAAAAGACCUUAGAAGGUUUCCUCGUU